UCUGCGGUUAAAUCUUUACAGUCAUAUUUGUUCAACAUGGCAGAAGAAGACGAAGAUUCGUGGUUGUAUGGAGAUGGCAAUGAGGAAGAUGCCCCGAGUGCAACUUCCCCAACUGUGGUGGCCAAACCCAGUUCACUGUCAGCUGAUGCUCCUCCAUUUAUGAGCAAGGUGUCUACUGCUGAAGACCCGGGAAAGGAACCACAGGAGCCUAUGCAAGUUGAUGCUCAACCUGAGGAGAGACCUGCUGAGAUACCGACCAGUAAAGCCGAUGAUGGGGAUGAUGAUGAUGAUGAAGAUGAUGAGGAUGAUAGCGAUGAAGAUAGUGAUGAAGACCAGGUGGAAGUCACCAUUGGUCCUAUCAAGACUGGUCCAACAACUCCUCAUGUCCCAUAUGGACAAACUGUGGCGAAACAUUCCCCUUACACGAAGGUUGCAACACCAACUACUCAACCAUCAUCAACACCAGCUGCAUCUCAUCCUAAACCAGUAGGAAAAGGUCUGGAUAUAGAGGCAGAGAGCAACAUCAAUGGGGUUGGUUUGUAUUCUUAUGAGCUUGAAGCACAGGAGGAGAAACCAUGGAGAAAACCAGGUGCUGAUCUGACAGAUUAUUUCAACUAUGGUUUCAAUGAGGAAUCGUGGGUAGCGUAUUGUGAGAAGCAGAGGAGAAUAAGAUCAGAAACUGGUGGAGUUUCAUUACCAGUUAAGAAUUUUAUGCCAUACACACCAACCCCAGUUUCUAGGGAGCCUACUUCGCCUGAUGGUCAAGUAUCUCAGCCGCCAAGAAGUCAGUUCCGUCGGAGGGACAGCAUGGGUAGCACAUCAAGCUACAAAUCAAUAAAGGAGAGAGAGUCGUCUUACUUGGCUAGCUCAGGAACUACAACCAAGCCAUCUUACUCCUCCAUCUCUACUGUUGGUGGCAGAGGAGUACAUAAAGAUAACAAGGAAAAUAUGGGAGGUUCGAUCACUGUGUUAGGAGCAACCAGCACGGCAACACCAGAAUACCCUAGUAGUAGUGCCACCAGCAGCAGUAGUCCGGGAGUGAAUAAUAUCAGCACAAUUAGUUCCAUCGGUAGCAUCAACAGUACCCCUAGCCCAGCACCUACAGGACAACCUAUACAAUCAACUUAUAGUCAACCAAGCAAUCCAAUCCCUCAAGGGCCUCCCUCAGCUACCCUACCACCACCUAACAUGCCAGACUUCUCUAAGCCACCACCAUCAAUGCAGGGUCCUCCCCCUCAAGGUCCUCCUCCUCAGGGUCCCCCUCCUCAAGGGCCCCCUCCUCCUCAUAUGACCGGGCCACCUCCCAACAUGGGAGGACCCCCUCCUAACUUUUCAGGGCCACCACCGAUGUUUGGAGAUGGUAAUUACCCUCCACCACCCAACCAGCCUGGUGGCCCACCAAUGUCAGGCCCACCACCCCCUAUGGGAAUGCAUGGUGGUCCUCCACCACCUAACAUGGGCCCACCACCUAUGGGCAUGGUUAGAGGACCACCCCCACCCAUGGGGGGUCCACCACCCCAUAUGGGUAUGCAAGGUCCCCCACCAGGAAUGGGAGGUCCUCCACCAGGCCCGCAUGGACCCCCGCCGAUGGGAAUGCCUCCUGGUGGUAACUGGAACAGACCACCUCCACCCUUUGGGAGACCAGAUGGACCUCCACCUCCUUUCUAUGACCAGCCCCCACCCAUGGGUGGACCAGGAAUGGGACCCGGUCCUGGUGGUCCUCCACCUAUUGGGUCUGGACCACCUCCUAUGGGUAUGCCACCCAAGUCUGGGGAUUCCAAGACCUACUCUCAGUUUAAGUCUAACUGGGCUACCAGAGGUAGUGAUUCAGAAAGUGACAUCAGCAGUGGAAGUGAAGAUAAUAAUAAAGAGUCAGACUAUGACAGAGACUACAGGGAAUUCAGUAAAUUUCUCAGCAGUAAAGCUGAGGAAGACAGAGCAAGAGAAUACAGCAGAGAAAGACGGGAUAGACCCAGCAGAGACCGUAGCAGGGAUAGGAGUAGAGAUAGAACUAGGGAGCGAGAUCGCGAUCGUGACAGAGACAGAGACCGCGAUCGUGAUAGAGAUCGUGAUCGGGAUAGGGACCGUGAUCGGGAUCGUGAUCGUGAUAGAGAAGGUAGAGAUAGGGACCGGGAAACCAGAGACAGGGAUCGUGAUCGUGAUCAUGAAAGCCGCAGUAGAGACCGUGAUCGUGAUCGCGAUAGAGAUCGUGAUAAGGAGAAAGAGAGAGACAAACGGGUUAAAGAAAAGAGUGAAGACAAAGAUGACAGAGUUCGAGAUCGAUACAAGGAUUCUAGGCAUAAAUCAUCAAGAAGGAAACGAGACGAAGAGGAUGACAGGUACAGCUCACGUCACAGGCACAGACACUCCCGUCGGGAUCGGGAUAAAGAUGGGGGUGAAGAAUUUGAGAUGGAAAACCCUGCCAGUGGAGGAGAAGAUCUUAACCCAUCUCUUGUAGGCGAUGCAUACCAUUCAGACUAGACAGGAGUGUAGGAACUAUAAAAUAGAUGCACUUAGAAUAGUAUUUAAAGCAACACUAUCAGGAAAGAACAUGGUUUCAAAACCAUGUUGGUAUGGAUGAUAUAUUUUGUAUUCACAAAACUGGUUUUGAAAGAAACUUUCAAAAUUUGCCAAAAGGUACCAUUCAGGACCUUGUUUCUUAUAAAGUAACAUAUAAAAUAUGUGUUCAAUGGCAUUACAAGUGAAAAGCACAUACAUUUUGGGUUAUUUGGCAAGAGAAAGCUGUGCAGAUGCAGCAUCAACAUCUUAGUGCCAGAAAUUGUGAUAAAUAUAAGCUACUGCGUAAAUUCUUGUUUCAAAACAUUUGAAAUAAAAAGAUGUGUUUCUCCUGAAAAUGUUGCUAUAAACGUAACCCUUGUGAAUCCCAUGCCCUGCUCUUUAAAGACAAGUUAUGAUGGCUAUGGGAAGUAUGCCUUGUAGGGGUGGGAAACAGAACAGUGUCUAGGUGUAGCGGUUCGUGAUUCUCGCCUUGCAAUCAGAGGGUCAUGUGUUUUAAUUCCACCAUGGCCUAGCGUCCUUUGGCAAGAUGUCAAUCCACCCUUUGCCACUCUUCACCCAGUUGUGAAAUAGGUACCCGGUAGGAUGCAAAAGCCUAUUUAGUAUGUUUAGCAAUCAAGUCUUGGAACUCUUGUUGAAAUGCUCCCCAGGGAGUGGAUAAGGUUCAUACAUUGUAUGCAGGCAUAACAGUAUCCUGUGACCAGGGUAAUAUAUCUGCAAAGCGUUAAGAGACGUUGUUCUGAUGUAAUAAACGCUAUGUAAAAUCGGAUUAUUAUUACUAUAUUUUUACUUUGUAAAGUUAUCCAUGACUUUAUAUAAGAUUGGGUUACAUUCUUAGGUGCUAUAUCAGAUUCUCAAUAAUUUCACUUCCCAUUGCCAAAAAAUGAAAUAUGAAUAAUCUUUGUAGAUUAAAUUUGUUCUUAACAGGCAUUUCAUUGCACAGUUGACUAUUUUUCCUAAAAAAUGUUUAUAAGGAAAACUCGUUUUAACUUUGUAAGACACCAGAGGAAAUGUAGAGUAUCUCAUUCAGCACAAUGACAUUUGUUGGUUGUGCAAAAAGUCAUGCAUAACUUAUAAAAAUCCUAAUGAAACACCUUGCUCAAGGGUUGUGUGUUGGAAUCCCACUACGACCGAUCGUCCUUUGGCAAGACGUCAAUCCACACUUUGCCACUCUCCACCCAGGUGUUAAAUGGGUACCCGGUAGGAUGCGAAAGCCUAUGUAGUAUGCCUUAGCAAUUGAGUCUCGGAAUUCUUGUUGGAAUGCUCCCCAGGGAGUGGAGAAAGUGCAUACAUUGUGUGCAGGCAUGUCAGGAUCCGAUGACUGGGUAAUAAAAAUCACAGUUUUAAGUGCUUAGAAACAAAGUGUAAUAAGUGCUACAUAAAAGUCCUAUAAUAUUACAAAGCAAUUAAUAUUUGUCUUUAUUGGAUGACCAUCAAGGUCAACUUCUGACAGUUAUGUGAAAUGGGGCCCCUGUGUGAUCUUUCCUUUUUUCUUGUGAUGAUUCACAAGCUAUUCUGUGCCAUAGGUUUACAUUCCUCUUCAACCCUUUCUAAUAACAUCACUUUACAUCUUCUCAUGUACUGUACCUGCUAGAAGGGUAUGGCAAUUUGAAUUCAGGAUAGAUAGAUAUUGUAUUUUCACAUGCAUCUAUACUGUAAGAUAUAGCAGAAUUCCUUUAGGAAAGGAUUCUAACACUAAAUUCUAUAUAAAGAAUUUGAUAUGUGUAUGUUGUACAUACUGUACAGUGUAAAUAUUGCAAUUUUUUAAAUGCUGAUUUUGUGAUUUUCUGAACAACCUGGGAUAUGUUGGUGAUCUUUAAAGAAAGAAUUAUUUGCAAUCAGAGUCAUAGAUCAUCUUAACAUGUUGCCAUCUACGUCAUUCUUUUUGUACAUGUAUAUGGAAUGUUGUUAUUCAGCUGAUGUGUGUAUUCUUGAGACACUUAUGAUUAUCAGAUAAUUCAUUUAGAUUUCAAUAUCUCUACAUUCCCAAUUGAUUUUUUUACAAUCUGCGUCUGCUUAAAUGAUAACAUAUUACUCAUUUUAUAGACUAAUAUAAUCAUAUUUUUAAGUGAUGCAGCAAAGAAUUUUUUUAACCUGCUGAUCUCCAUAUGUUUUGUUAGAUAUAAAUCUUUGAAAGGAAUCAAUCAAUUUUUUUUUGUAUGUUGCAAGUUGAGAAAGAUUUUUUUUUCAGAAAAAGUGGACUUGUUGAAGAGCAUAGAAAGAAAUGAAAUGGAGAUUCUUUAUUUGUACUUUUGUGAAAGAUUUUAAUUUGAUAACUCGUUGCUUGGCUAGCAGAAUGGCAGUAGGAUGCUUGAGUGCAUGUGUGGUCAUUUUCAAUUUUAGCUUAAGCAUGCGUUAUUUACAUUUUCGUGCGAGAGUUAGCAAGUUAGCACCCGUCUGCCUGACUAACAAGAAUGGGAUUUGGCGUUCUCGUAACUCCUAAUGUUCUUAUACCAGCCAGGGGUCAAAUAAGUUCAAACACAUUGUAGUAACCAAAAACAUGAACUGUUACUGCUUAUUAGAAAAGCUAGAUGUGUUUAAAAUAUGAAAGAGUUUGACAGAGUUUUCUCAAUACUUUGGUUGUAAUAGAAGAAAAUGAAAAGACUUUAUUCAAUCUCAAAUGUGGCAGUAAUGCAUAGAAUUAUGAAGUACUUGAUCAAGUACAAGUUGCAUGAUUUUUUUUCAAAUGAAAUUACUUUUUGCCUGAAGGCAAAGUAUCCAAUAUAUUUCAAACGCUUUUGACCCUCCAGAGAUGAUAUAUCUCUUUCUUCUAGUUCCUAUAAAAAUUUGCUUUUAAAUGUUCAUGGUUGGAGCAGUUCAUGAGAUGAAAAAAAAAAUGGAGGCUGGACAUACAAUAAAUAUUGGUUAUUUGAAGGAAUUGCCCAAAAGCUUAUCUAGUGCCCAAAGAAGAAUUACUUUGAGCUACUUUUGAUGCACUAAUACUACAGUGGGUGUCUCAUUGUCUUCAUUGAUAUUGCAAAAAAUGGUUGUUGCGUCCUUUAAAAUUCUUUGUUAUUUAUUGAUGAACUGCUAUCAGGAUCGGUACGUAAUCCUACAAUAUCAUUCAAUCCUGUUUGUAACCAAAACCCAACUGAAAUGUAGUUUUGUUCCUACAACUUGCAUAAACAUUUGACAUGAGUAAUUUUAACUGAUACUGAUAAAUCUGUAGCCCUAUCAAUUCUGAAAGUAAUUGUGGACUCACACAUGGAAACUGCAAAAACAUGUGUUUUUCUCCAUUCAUAACCCAUAGUAAUGUUAUUUGCAUUCGUUUGUAAUUUGCUAUAUUGGCAUACCCUACAUUUUAUUUUCAAUUUUCUUUUCACUGCAAUUUACACAAGAUACUUUUGGUCAGUGAGGGAAUAAUAUUAGUUUAAAAACUUGAAUUCAUUGUUAUUUACUACAUGUGAGAAACCCAAAGUGACAUAAUCAGCAGUGUCAAAUGCAAAGCUUCAUACACAUAUUUCAGUAUUAGAUAUAUUUUUUGUGUCAAAUGCCUCUGAAUGCAAAAUAAUUGCAUUGGCUAGAUGUGAAGAAUAUUUCUGCUAUAUGUCGUAAGAUAAUUGUGAUUUAUUUGUAAGAAAAGAGAAGUUGGCUUCUUAUUAAAUCUCAUCUUUUAGGAAAGCCAG